CACACACACACACACAGGCACACACAACAGAGACGAGUUGUAACACACAAAGCGAGGAAGCAAGUUACUUAUCGGUGAUGGUAGAGUGAAAGAGAGUUGCGAUUCUUACUCAUUUCUUAUUCUGCUUAGUUCGGUUUCGGUAUAGUACAGCUGUUCGUCGUUUUUGAUAGUCUGACGAAUGAAUUCAUCGGGACAGUCGCAGUUCUCGUCGUAGCAGAGGGGGUAUUAGCGCUGGCGCGGCUUCAUUCCUCGCUCGGGAACGAUGAAAAAUUAACGCUUCGCCUAUGUACACAUAAUAUAUCGAUAGGCCGAAUCAAGUGUUAAUUCCAAAGUCUUAAAACAGAACUAAUUUUGAACAACCUAUAACGGUAUUAUACCGAAGGAGGGUGGCCUUCGGUGUGACAAAAGGCUCGAAGUGCAAGAGAGAGACAGAGACGCGUACGCAGUAAAGGAACAACAGUCGAUUUUGUUGCGAGCGACGAGAUCGUAAAAAGAAAGAAGAAGAAGAAGAAGAAGAAGAAGAGGACGACGAAGAAGAAGAAGAAAUUGUAGAGUCGACGGGCGGCGCGUUAAACUUUCUUCUCUCACAAUCUCUUUCUUUUUUUUUAAUCUCCUUUCUGUUCCACGAUAAACGCAUUAACGAAAGGUGCCAAGGAACUAUUCGGAACGGUCAAGAAUAUUAUUUCGUUUCGACGAUUUGGGAGCGACCAAACCGUUCGUAAGGGAUGUCUACCCCUGCAAGAAGAAGGCUAAUGAGAGAUUUUAAGAGAUUACAAGAAGAUCCACCUACUGGAGUAUCUGGUGCACCUACAGACAAUAAUAUUAUGAUAUGGAAUGCUGUUAUAUUUGGACCACAUGACACUCCAUUUGAGGAUGGUACAUUUAAACUCACAAUAGAGUUCACGGAAGAAUAUCCAAAUAAGCCCCCUACAGUAAGAUUUGUCAGUAAGAUGUUUCACCCUAAUGUAUACGCAGAUGGGGGUAUUUGCCUUGAUAUUCUACAAAAUCGUUGGAGUCCUACAUAUGAUGUUUCUGCCAUCUUAACAUCUAUACAGUCAUUAUUGGACGAACCAAAUCCAAAUUCACCGGCAAAUUCUCUAGCAGCACAAUUGUACCAAGAGAACAAACGAGAAUAUGAAAAGAGAGUAGCCACAGUUGUUGAACAGUCUUGGUUAAACUUUCAAGAAAGUCAUACGGAGGAUCCUCGCUGACAUUAAAUUUAGAGUCCUGGAAUGACAUGGGAAUCGCACUGAGAAACUUAUGUGAUCUAUACUUAUAAGUAUAAAUACAAUAUGUGUAUGGUUUUUGCUCAUAAUAAAUACAUUUUAGGUGCUUUAACAUGAAUAACAAAACAAUUAAAAAAGAAAAAAAAAAAAAAAAAAAAAAAAAA